UUCCCCGGCGCAAGGAGGGAAGUUAAGAUGGCGGCGCUUGUGAGAGUCGGGUGCUGAGCAGCGGCCCUUUCCCCCCGCUGCUCUCUCUCUCUCGUGUGUUUCUCUCUCCUCGAGUGCGAGCGAGGCCCCGAGGGAGGCUCUGAAGGAGCCACCAAGCCCCCUCUCUCUCGCCCACCCGCCCACAUUCCCCAACAGAACCCAUUUCCUCCUCCUUGUGCGCCCGGCCCGCCUCCCUCGAGUCAAGGAGGAGGAGCGAGAGAGACGGAGAGGAACAUGACCUCGAUCCACUUCGUGGUGCACCCGCUCCCGGGCACCGAGGACCAGCUGAAUGACCGAUUAAGAGAAGUUUCAGAGAAGCUCAACAAAUACAACUUGAAUAGCCAUCCUCCUUUGAAUGUAUUGGAACAGGCUACUAUUAAGCAGUGUGUGGUGGGACCAAAUCAUGCUGCGUUUCUUCUUGAGGAUGGUAGAGUCUGCAGAAUUGGCUUUUUGGUUCAGCCAGACAGAUUGGAAUUGGGUAAACCUGAUAAUAAUGAUGGUUCAAAGUUGAACAGUGGCUCAGGGGCAGGAAGGACAUCCAGGCCAGGCAGAACUAGUGAAUCCCCAUGGUUUCUGUCUGGUUCUGAAACUCUGGGCAGACUGGCAGGCAACACCCUUGGAAGCCGAUGGAGCUCAGGUGUUGGAGGGAGUGGAGGUGGAUCCUCGGGUAGAUCAUCAGCAGGCGCUAGAGAUUCUCGAAGGCAAACGAGAGUUAUUCGAACGGGACGUGAUAGAGGAUCGGGACUCUUGGGUAGUCAGCCUCAGCCAGUGAUUCCAGCAUCGGUUAUUCCAGAAGAAUUGAUUUCACAGGCACAAGUUGUUUUACAAGGAAAAUCGAGAAGUGUCAUUAUAAGAGAGCUCCAGCGGACAAAUCUGGAUGUUAAUCUUGCAGUGAACAACUUGCUGAGCCGUGAUGAUGAAGAUGGAGAUGAUGGAGAUGAUACAGCCAGUGAAUCAUAUCUUCCUGGAGAGGAUCUUAUGUCUCUUCUGGAUGCUGACAUACAUUCUGCUCACCCAAGUGUCAUUAUUGAUGCUGAUGCUAUGUUUUCAGAAGAUAUUAGUUACUUUGGUUAUCCAUCCUUUCGGCGCUCAUCACUUUCCAGGCUAAGUUCGUCCCGAGUUCUCCUUCUUCCCUUAGAGAGAGACUCUGAGCUGUUGCGUGAACGUGAGUCCGUUUUACGUUUGCGUGAACGAAGGUGGCUUGAUGGGGCCUCGUUUGAUAAUGAAAGAGGCUCUACAAGCAAAGAAGGGGAGCCAAACCUUGACAAGAAGAACACACCUGUCCAAAGCCCAGUCUCUUUAGGAGAGGACUUGCAAUGGUGGCCAGAAAAGGAUGGAAUGAAAUUUAUUUCUAUUGGUGCUUUGUAUUCUGAACUAGUAGCAGUGAGCAGUAAAGGGGAACUCUAUCAGUGGAAGUGGAGUGAAUCUGAACCAUACCGGAACGCACAGAAUCCUUCAAUUCAUCAUCCACGAGCAGGGUCUUUGGGAUUAACUAAUGAGAAGAUAGUCCUCCUUUCUGCUAAUAGCAUCAGAGCAACGGUUGCGACAGAAAACAAUAAGGUAGCUACCUGGGUAGAUGAAACUCUGAGUUCUGUUGCCUCUAAACUAGAACAUACAGCACAGACUUAUUCUGAGCUUCAAGGAGAGCGCAUAGUUUCACUGCAUUGUUGUGCCCUUUAUACAUGUGCCCAGUUGGAAAAUAACUUAUACUGGUGGGGUGUAGUUCCUUUCAGCCAAAGGAAGAAGAUGCUUGAAAAGGCCAGAGCCAAAAAUAAGAAGCCUAAGUCUAGUGCUGGUAUCUCUUCAAUGCCAAAUAUCACUGUUGGUACUCAGGUAUGUUUAAGGAAUAAUCCUCUCUACCAUGCUGGAGCAGUUGCUUUUUCAAUUAGUGCUGGAAUUCCUAAAGUUGGUGUUUUAAUGGAAUCGGUUUGGAAUAUGAAUGACAGCUGUAGGUUUCAGCUCCGAUCACCAGAAAGUUUAAAGAAUAUGGAGAAAGCUAAUAAAACAACAGAAGCAAAGCCGGAAAGCAAACAGGAACCCGUGAAAACUGAAAUGGGUCCACCACCUUCUCCAGCUUCUACCUGUAGUGAUGCCUCUUCAAUAGCAAGCAGUGCAUCAAUGCCAUACAAACGGCGGCGAUCUACACCAGCUCCAAAGGAAGAGGAGAAAGUGAAUGAAGAGCAAUGGUCUCUUAGGGAAGUUGUGUUUGUAGAAGAUGUUAAAAAUGUUCCUGUUGGCAAGGUGCUGAAAGUAGAUGGGGCCUAUGUUGCAGUAAAAUUUCCAGGGACAUCAACUAAUGCAAAUUGUACAAGCAGCUCUGGUUUAGAUCCUGAUCCCUCUUCCCUUCUCCAGGAUUGCCGAUUGCUCAGAAUAGAUGAACUCCAGGUGGUAAAAACUGGUGGAACACCAAAAGUUCCAGAUUGUUUUCAGCGGACUCCUAAAAAGUUAUGUAUUCCUGAAAAAACAGAAAUCCUAGCAGUAAAUGUAGAUUCAAAAGGAGUCCAUGCGGUCUUGAAGACUGGAAACUGGGUUAGAUAUUGCAUCUUUGAUCUUGCAACAGGAAAAGCUGAACAGGAAAAUAAUUUCCCCACUAGCAGUAUUGCAUUCCUUGGACAGAAUGAGAGAAGCGUUGCCAUUUUUACUGCAGGACAGGAAUCACCAAUCAUUCUUAGAGAUGGGAAUGGAACUAUAUAUCCGAUGGCAAAAGAUUGCAUGGGUGGAAUAAGGGAUCCUGACUGGCUUGACCUUCCUCCUAUUAGCAGCCUGGGAAUGGGAGUUCAUUCCUUAACAAAUCUUCCUGCUAAUUCAACCAUCAAAAAGAAAGCUGCUAUCAUCAUAAUGGCUGUGGAGAAGCAAACCUUAAUGCAGCAUAUUCUUCGAUGUGACUAUGAGGCCUGCAGACAGUAUCUGAUGAACCUUGAGCAAGCAGUUGUGUUGGAUCAGAAUCCGCAAGUGCUGCAAACCUUCCUUGGCCACAGAUGUGAUGGAAAUCGCAAUAUUCUGCAUGCUUGUGUUUCUGUGUGCUUUCCAACCAGUAAUAAAGAAACUAAAGAAGAAGAGGAAGCAGAGCGCUCAGAAAGGAAUACAUUUGCUGAAAGGUUAUCUGCUGUUGAGGCUAUUGCAAAUGCUAUUUCAGUGGUGUCAAGUAAUGGUCCAGGAAAUCGUGCAGGGUCCUCAAGCAGCAGAAGUUUGCGAUUGAGAGAAAUGAUGAGAAGAUCUUUGAGAGCAGCAGGUUUAGGAAGACAUGAAGCUGGAGCUUCAUCAAGUGAUCAUCAGGAUCCAGUUUCUCCGCCAAGAGCUCCUCCAAGCUGGGUUCCUGAGCCCCCUGCAAUGGAUCCUGAUGGUGACAUUGAUUUUAUCCUGGCUCCUGCUGUGGGAUCUCUUACCACAGCAACAACUGGCACUGGCCAAGGGCCCAGCACCUCCACCAUUCCAGGUCCUUCUACAGAACCAUCUGUGGUGGAAUCAAAGGACAGGAAGGCAAAUGCUCACUUCAUAUUGAAACUCCUAUGUGACAGUGUCGUUUUGCAGCCUUAUCUUCGGGAGUUGCUGUCAGCCAAGGAUGCCAGAGGUAUGACGCCAUUUAUGUCCGCUGUUAGUGGCAGAGCAUAUCCUGCUGCAAUAACCAUUUUAGAAACUGCACAAAAAGUUGCCAAAGCCGAAGCAACAUCUAGUGAGAAAGAAGAAGAUGUGUUUAUGGGAAUGGUCUGUCCAGCUGGCACCAAUCCAGAUGAUUCUCCUUUGUAUGUUUUAUGUUGCAAUGAUACCUGUAGCUUUACAUGGACUGGUGCAGAGCAUAUCAAUCAGGAUAUAUUUGAAUGCCGAACAUGUGGCCUGUUGGAAUCCCUGUGCUGUUGCACAGAGUGUGCCAGAGUGUGCCAUAAAGGUCAUGAUUGCAAGCUUAAACGCACAUCUCCUACAGCAUACUGUGAUUGCUGGGAAAAAUGCAAAUGCAAAACCUUAAUUGCUGGACAAAAAUCAGCUCGCCUUGAUCUUCUUUUUCGACUGCUUACUACCACAAACCUUGUCACCUUGCCAAAUAGCAGGGGAGAGCAUCUUCUGUUGUUCUUAGUGCAGACAGUUGCACGGCAAACAGUAGAACACUGCCAAUAUCGACCACCACGAAUUAGGGAAGAUCGUAAUCGUAAAACUGCAAACCCUGAAGAUUCGGAUAUGCCUGAUCAUGAUUUGGAACCUCCACGAUUUGCACAGCUUGCCUUGGAACGUGUAUUGCAAGACUGGAAUGCACUGAAAUCUAUGAUCAUGUUUGGUUCUCAGGAGAACAAAGACCCUCUUAGUGCAAGCAGUAGGAUUGGUCAUCUUUUGCCAGAAGAACAAGUGUAUCUUAAUCAACAAAGUGGUACAAUUCGGCUGGACUGUUUUACACACUGUCUGAUCGUGAAGUGUACAGCAGACAUAUUGCUCUUAGAUACUUUGCUGGGAACUCUUGUAAAAGAAUUGCAAAACAAAUACACACCAGGUCGCAGAGAAGAAGCAAUUUCUGUCACAAUGAGAUUUUUGCGCUCCGUGGCAAGAGUUUUUGUCAUUCUUAGUGUGGAAAUGGCUUCUUCGAAAAAGAAAAAUAACUUUAUUCCACAGCCAAUUGGGAAAUGUAAACGUGUAUUCCAAGCUUUGCUACCUUAUGCUGUGGAAGAAUUGUGCAAUGUAGCAGAAUCGCUCAUUAUUCCAGUCAGAAUGGGCAUCGCACGCCCGACAGCACCUUUCACAUUGGCAAGCACUAGCAUAGAUGCAAUGCAAGGGAGCGAAGAACUGUUCUCGGUUGAACCAUUGCCUCCACGGCCAUCGUCAGAUCAGUCCAGCAGUUCCAGUCAGUCUCAGUCUUCCUAUAUCAUUAGAAACCCACAGCAAAGGCGGAUCAGUCAGUCUCAGCCUGUUCGUGGCAGGGAUGAGGAACAAGAUGACAUUGUGUCAGCAGAUGUGGAAGAGGUUGAAGUAGUUGAGGGGGUGGCUGGAGAGGAGGACCAUCAUGAUGAACAAGAAGAACAUGGCGAGGAAAAUGCUGAAGCAGAAGGACAGCACGAUGAGCAUGAUGAAGAUGGUAGUGAUAUGGAGUUGGAUCUACUAGCAGCAGCAGAAACUGAGAGUGAUAGUGAGAGCAACCACAGCAAUCAGGACAAUGCUAGUGGGCGCAGAAGUGUCGUCACAGCAGCUACAGCAGGAUCAGAAGCAGGCGCUAGCAGUGUUCCUGCAUUUUUCUCUGAGGAUGAUUCUCAGUCAAAUGACACCAGCGAUUCUGAUAGUAGUAGCAGCCAAAGUGAUGAUAUUGAGCAGGAGACGUUUAUGCUAGAUGAGCCUCUGGAGCGAACAACAAGCAGCUCUCAUGCAAAUGGUGCUGCCCAGGCGCCCCGCUCAAUGCAGUGGGCUGUGCGCAACACCCAGAAUCAGAGGACAACUAGCACUGCGCCAUCCAGUACCUCUGCUCCAGCAGCAAGUUCAGCAGGCUUGAUUUACAUUGAUCCAUCCAACCUGCGUCGGAGUGGUACCAUCAGCACAAGUGCAGCUGCGGCUGCUGCUGCUCUCGAGGCCAGCAAUGCUAGCAGCUAUUUAACAUCAGCAAGCAGCUUGGCAAGGGCAUACAGCAUUGUGAUCCGACAGAUAUCAGAUUUAAUGGGCCUGAUCCCCAAGUACAAUCACUUGGUAUACUCUCAGAUCCCAGCUGCAGUGAAGCUAACAUACCAGGAUGCAGUAAAUCUCCAGAACUAUGUUGAAGAAAAACUUAUUCCUACGUGGAAUUGGAUGGUGAGUAUUAUGGACUCCACUGAAGCCCAGCUCCGUUAUGGGUCUGCGCUUGCAUCGGCUGGAGACCCAGGGCACCCAAACCAUCCCUUGCAUGCAUCACAGAACUCAACCCGAAGGGAAAGGAUGACGGCACGCGAGGAAGCUAGCCUAAGGACUUUGGAGGGGAGAAGGCGUGCUACAUUGCUCAGUGCUCGACAGGGCAUGAUGUCUGCAAGGGGGGACUUCUUGAACUAUGCCCUCUCCUUGAUGCGUUCACACAAUGAUGAGCAUUCUGAUGUUCUCCCAGUUCUCGAUGUCUGCUCAUUGAAACAUGUAGCAUAUGUUUUUCAAGCUCUCAUCUAUUGGAUUAAAGCAAUGAACCAACAGACUACAUUGGACACACCUCAGUUAGAGCGGAAAAGGACUCGAGAACUUCUGGAACUUGGCCUUGACAAUGAGGAUUCAGAACAUGAAAAUGAUGAUGACACAAAUCAAAGCACUACACUCAAUGACAAGGAUGAUGAUUCCCUCCCAGCAGAGACAGGCCAAAAUCACCCAUUCUUCCGACGAUCAGACUCCAUGACGUUUCUCGGCUGUAUCCCUCCCAAUCCUUUUGAAGUUCCUCUAGCAGAAGCCAUUCCCUUGGCAGACCAGCCACAUUUGUUACAGCCAAAUGCUAGAAAAGAAGAUCUGUUUGGACGUCCAAGUCAAGGUCUAUAUUCAUCCUCUGCCAAUAGCGGGAAGUGCUUAAUGGAAGUGACCAUGGAUAGAAACUGUCUUGAGGUUCUUCCAACCAAAAUGUCAUAUGCAGCCAAUUUAAAAAACGUUAUGAGCAUGCAGAAUCGGCAGAAAAAGGAAGAAGAACAAAAUGUGCCUUCAGAGGAAUCUGAGAGUUCAAAGCCAGGCCCAUCAGCUCAUGAUCUUGCGGCACAGUUAAAAAGCAGUUUAUUGGCAGAGAUUGGGCUAACAGAGAGUGAAGGUCCACCGCUAACAUCUUUCAGGCCACAGUGUAGUUUCAUGGGAAUGGUUAUUUCUCAUGACAUGCUUCUUGGACGUUGGCGACUCUCCCUAGAACUAUUUGGAAGGGUGUUUAUGGAAGAUGUAGGAGCCGAACCUGGAUCGAUCUUGACUGAAUUAGGAGGGUUCGAAGUAAAGGAGUCUAAAUUCCGCCGAGAGAUGGAAAAAUUAAGAAACCAGCAGUCUAGAGAUUUAACAUUAGAGGUUGAUCGGGAUAGAGAUCUUCUAAUUCAGCAAACAAUGAGACAGCUGAACAAUCACUUUGGGCGCAGAUGUGCUACAACUCCAAUGGCUGUCCAUAGAGUAAAGGUCACAUUUAAAGAUGAACCAGGAGAAGGCAGUGGUGUAGCACGAAGUUUUUAUACCGCUAUUGCACAAGCUUUCUUAUCAAAUGAGAAACUGCCAAAUCUAGAUUGUAUUCAGAAUGCCAACAAGGGGACACAUACAAGUCUGAUGCAAAGACUACGGAACAGAGGAGAGAGAGAUCGGGAAAGAGAACGUGAGAGAGAAAUGAGGAGAAACAGCAGUGGUUUGCGAACUGGUUCUCGAAGAGACAGGGAUAGGGACUUUAGAAGGCAACUCUCCAUUGACACAAGGCCUUUUCGACCUGCCUCAGAAGGGAAUCCUAGUGAUGACCCUGAUCCUCUUCCAGCACAUCGACAGGCCUUGGGUGAAAGGCUUUAUCCUCGUGUACAAGCUAUGCAACCUGCAUUUGCAAGCAAAAUCACAGGCAUGCUACUGGAAUUGUCUCCUGCUCAGCUGCUUCUGUUGUUAGCUAGUGAAGACUCACUCCGUGCAAGAGUGGAUGAGGCUAUGGAACUUAUCAUUGCACAUGGAAGGGAGAACGGGGCCGAUAGCAUCUUAGACCUUGGUUUGUUGGAUUCCUCAGAUAAAGUACAAGAAAAUAGAAAACGGCAUGGUUCCAGUCGCAGCGUUGUGGAUAUGGAGUUAGAUGACACAGAUGAUGGUGAUGAUAAUGCACCACUGUUCUAUCAACCUGGGAAGCGUGGUUUUUAUACACCAAGGCCUGGCAAGAACACAGAAGCCAGGCUAAAUUGUUUCAGAAAUAUUGGCAGAAUUCUAGGGUUGUGUUUGCUGCAGAAUGAACUUUGUCCCAUCACAUUAAAUCGGCAUGUAAUCAAAGUUCUUCUUGGUAGAAAGGUUAACUGGCACGAUUUUGCUUUUUUUGAUCCGGUCAUGUACGAGAGUUUGCGGCAACUUAUCCUCGCUUCCCAAAGUACAGAUGCUGAUGCUGUUUUUGCAGCGAUGGACUUAGCAUUUGCAAUAGACCUAUGCAAAGAGGAAGGUGGAGGACAGGUUGAGCUUAUUUCCAAUGGUGUAAAUAUACCAGUCACUCCUCAGAAUGUUUAUGAAUACGUCCGAAAAUAUGCAGAACAUAGAAUGUUGGUAGUUGCAGAACAGCCACUACAUGCAAUGAGGAAAGGUCUGCUGGAUGUUCUUCCAAAGAAUUCAUUAGAAGACUUGACAGCAGAAGAUUUCAGGCUUUUAGUAAAUGGUUGUGGUGAAGUAAAUGUGCAAAUGCUAAUCAGCUUUACUUCUUUCAAUGAUGAAUCAGGAGAAAAUGCUGAGAAGCUUUUACAGUUUAAACGCUGGUUUUGGUCCAUAGUUGAGAAGAUGAGUAUGACUGAAAGGCAAGAUCUAGUUUACUUCUGGACCUCCAGCCCAUCCUUGCCUGCAAGUGAAGAGGGAUUUCAGCCCAUGCCAUCCAUUACAAUCAGGCCACCAGAUGACCAGCACCUUCCUACAGCGAACACAUGUAUUUCUCGCCUUUAUGUUCCACUUUAUUCUUCUAAGCAGAUUCUCAAACAGAAAUUGCUACUCGCCAUUAAGACCAAAAAUUUUGGUUUUGUGUAGAGUAUAAUAUGUGCAUUGCUGUGUAAUUAUUAGUAGCUAGUUUUUUGUAGAUUUUUCCAUUUGUCUAUAAAAGUUUAUGAAAGUCAAUGCUGUCAUACUCCCCCUGCUGGUAGUGCAAUGACUAAAUGCAACAUUCCUGUAUUAAGUUUGCAGCUCAAGAGGCAAAGAAGAACUAGCAGUGUCGGACUGUAACCAUUUGCUAGUUGUUUACUUCUUGGCCAGAUCCCAGCCAAAGAUGACAGCAGAACAAAAUACACUGUGAUGUAGCUUUUUGUGGAGGGGGAAAAACAUGUAAAAUGUUCUUUAAAAAUUUCACUGCUGCCUUUGUGGAAGGCAUUUCAGCAAAGGUUCUUGUUACAGAGGGAAUAGGGAAUUACAAAAUAAAAGAUGAAGUAUGUUCUGUGUUUUAUUUUAACCUUUUUUAAAAAAGAAGAUGAAAUAGUGUUUAAUUUUGUGGUUGGCUGCAGUUGUGCAUCAUGUAUAUUGAACUUGCCAGUUAGACCUAAGGGUUGAAAUCGUUCACGUUUGCUUAAAAAAACCACUGCCGUUGCAAAUCUGUUUGCAUUGGACUCUGGCACACUAAUUACCACCACUAAUGUUUUGCAUGUAAUCUGUAUAACUUAGUGAGGAAUUUUUUUUGUACAUAAGAAGGAAGCCAAUGUACAGUAUUUAAUCGUUCACAAUCAACAUUUUUGUAUCCCUCUUUCCUUGAGCAGUCAGUCAGGAGGUUGUUCCAUCUCCAAGUCAAACCUGGACACUUUCUGCAGUGUCUGAAGCUGUUUUAAAAAUUCAGCCUAGGCACUACCUGGUAACUGUAAAAUGUUUAUAAGAUCAUGAUUAUUUGAAGGUACAUUUUGGAGAAAAAAUUUAUGUUCGUGAGCAGCUUAACUACUUUUGUAUCUAGUCUUUUUUAAGUAUCUUGUUACAGUUUUUAAUAAAUUACAGACAAAGUACAAAGUCAUACUGAAGAAACAUUAGUUUUUAUUUAUGUAGCUUGUAUAUUAUUUUUUAGUUAUCACCGCACACCGCAAUUGUACACAGAUCAUUCUAAAUUUCAUAGGUGGAUAAAAACCCUCCUCUUUUCAUUCAAACCAGAAGCAGUUCAGCCCACAUUUUACAGUUAGCAGAGAGCUGUUAGUUGCCUGGGCCCAGCAAAAACCUGCUUGUUUUCAACCAACUGUGGAUAGAGGACAGUGUACUUUGUUCCAUCAGCACACAAAAAAAUUGCCAAAACGAAUUGUGCUCUAAUGAAUAGAGUGCUUGUUUGCGAGGGGAAUGCAGGAGGUUGGUUCUUUAUCUUAGAGUGUCCUCCUAAUUUCAGUAUGUUAGAGUCCCAUUUUGUUGAACACCAAAGUGUAUGAAAUGGGAGUGCAUUUUUAUGUUCUCUGUUGGCCAUCUCACCGUAGUGCUUAAUCAGGAAAUCUUCAGCGAUGACUAGUUAUCCUACACUUUUCCCAAGUCCUUUGGGUUUUGGCAAUGAGGGAAAUAGCACACGACUGAGAACUUGCCUGAAUUUCUCCAAAGUGGGCAUUGCCUCCCAUACCCUCUUUGCCAACAAACUUUUGAGCCUCUUUCUGCCUUACCUUCAAAAUAGAAUGUCCCACUUCUGUAGGACAUCCUAGAUCCCUGGCACUUGUUGGAGAGCUCUCUGGAAUGCAACUUGGAUUUACAUGUAGUAAAGACUCUGAAAAUGCUUCUCUUAAAAUUGCCUGUGCCAGUCUUGUAUAGUUUUAAAAAAUGUAGGUGCUUUCUAAAAACUAGGAUUUUUUUCUGCAUGUUUUGAUGAAAUAUUUGCCCCCCAUGACAGCCCUUCUAGGGAUAAGAAUGAUGUUCUUCUCAUGAUGUAUUCAAUGGAUGUUGAAUUUUCGAUUCUUUUUCCUGAAUCUGCUACUUGAUUAUGGCAAGUUUCUUGAUGUCUCUGAGCCUCUUACUCACAUUCUGUAAAAUAAUGAUCACUACCUACCUCACAGAGGUGUUGAGGCUUAAUAAUGUUAAUCUUUGCCAGCACCCUCUUAUGAAAGGCUGUGUACAUUGUAAAGUUUUGUUUUAUAUAUAUAACCUGUGUAUAUAUAGCAUAUCCAUAUGUUAUAUGUAUAAUUCUGUAUAUAACAUAGCUGUUUUACAACAAUCACAGCUGGAUAAAUGACACGGUUAUUAAACCCUACAUAGCAGCUGACUAAUAUAUACACCCAUUUAUAUACAUAUAUAUACACACAUAUGUAGACAUUUUGCUGAUACUCUAAUUGAAGGGGAAAGUUACAAUGAUUUAUGCUGUCAUUGACUCAAGAUGUAUUAUAUAAAUAGCUUUUUCUUUGUAUAUUUGAACACUAUCAAGCUUUUAAUAAGAAAUGUUUAUUAAAAUUGUACACCGCA